AAAGAUUUCAAAAAUAAAUAAUAAAUAAAAUAAAAUCAGUAAAACGAUAUUCAGUUUUCGGGUGCACAAUUAAUGUCGCAGAAUAAUUGUGAUGGACGCGAGCAGGCUAAGGGGCUUCUUGGGUUCAGGGUGCAGCAACAACGUCCACAUGGGAUGAAACUUCCGCCGCCGCAUGCUCAAAUGAACACUUCUUCAAGGAUGGGGCUUCAACCGGUGCAGCAGCCACGUCCACAUGGCAUGAAAAUCCCACCGCCGCCUGCUGCUCAAAUGAACUCCUCUUCAAGAAUGUCUCGAGGUAGGUGGAAAAAUAGGCAGAGGUCACAAAGGAAAGAUCAGAGUCAAACUAUUUGGGCCUCUACUGAGCUUAAGAGAAAUCAGAAUAGUUGGGCCUCUCCUGAGCCUCGGAUGCAUGCAAUAUUUUUAGGCUCAGGCCCAAAAUCUUCUGGAACUGGAGUUUUUAUUCCCCAAACCCAUGUCGCUAUCCGCCAAUUUAAUAAGAGGCCCGCUUUCUCUCCAGUUUUGCUCCCUGCACGAGUCGUUCAAGCCCUGAACCUCAACGUGCAU